AUGGGCCAGGAACAGUCCAGACCCCCCGCCGCCACCGGCAACCCCGUAGCCCCCCCAGAGAUAGCAGCGAUAGGGUUGCCUCGCAGAUUGGUUGCUUCGAUCACGGGGAGCUGGCCACACAUCUCGUACUCCCUCCGCGACUACAACUCGGAGCAGCAUGCGUACGAGCUCAGCCUCGCCAACGGCUGGCGCGGCAACAUGACGCUGCACGGAGGGCCGAGCCAGUACCACCCGCCGCUGGCCCACGCCGAGCGCGCCGGCGCGAUGCGCGAGUCCUUCGCCAUCACGCUGCCGGCGCUGCCUCCGUACGAACAACAACAACGCACCGAGAUCCUGCACUGUCCCGCGUCGUGGAAACAGCCGUGGUAUUGGUUUGCGAUGGAGGUCGGGGACGGACAGCACCGGCGCGUCGAGAGGUUUGAGUGGCGGCGCUCGCGCGGCAGCGAGGUGAGGAGCAUCGCGGAUCAGUCGCGGUGGGGGUACGGAGGGUGGAAGCUGCUGCGGAUGGGAGACGAGUCAGAUGACAGCAGCGGGGGUCAUGGUAAGUCGGGCGCGAGGGUCGACGGAUACUCGAGCGACCAAAAGGAAGUGGUCGCCGUGUGGGCACAUGCCGGCACCGUGAAGAGCGCCAUGUCCAAGAUGGGCGACUUUGAGUACAGGGGCAGUGGAGCAACCGGCGAGCUUGGUCAGCUCUGGAGCAUCAUGGCUGCCAUGACCUGCAUGUGUAUCUGGCAGAAAGGCAAGCAGAAGAGUGAGGAGGACGAUGAUAGGCGCAGGAGGCGCCGAUGA